GUUUGAGUAAAACUCGAGCAGGGGAAUAUUAUGAUAAUCGUAACGUCAUCGUUUUCGAAAAGUUUCGUUUUCAAACUGUUUUUGAAAUUAUUAACGGAUUGGCAUGAAGGAGAAACAAAUAAACAUUCCAAGAACAAGUUUUUUAGCUACUAGAAAAUUUAGAUUUGUUCGUUUUUCCUAGAAGAAUUAAUUCAACUUCUACUUCCAAGCAAAUUUAUUUGUUAGAAAUGGGUGUCAGUAAAACGCGGACUCGGGUCGGAGUCGGGGUCGGGGUCUGGGUCUCUUUUUUAUAAUUCUUUUCUUUUUUUUCUUUAACUUUCUUGUAUUUUUGUCGUUUUUCUUUUUUUUAACCCAAAUUCCGAUUUCUCGCGAUUUACAUCAGCAGUGCAUCAUUGCAAUAUUUUCGCUUAUAAAGAAAAUAAGAUGCGGUGGAGCUCACUUUUUCACAUCAUCUCAAACAAUCCGCGUCACAUUUCAGCCAAGACAGUCGAAUAUAGAAGCUGCACAAAUUUAUUUUCUAGCUCAGCGCGCUGAUUUCUGCAAAAAGGUCCAUGAGUUAGUUGAGUUAGUGGAGAAUUAAGAGAUCUACCAUUAGGUCAAAUAAGGAUUUGCCUCUAAAAGCCUCUAAAAGUAAUUCGUCCCGAAAGCUUAGUAUAUACACUCGAUGCAGCUCUAUCCUGGCAGUUCCGUGAAUUGACUACGGCAUACUCUCGCAAGAAACGAAGCGAGGAAAAACAAAUUUGUUUGCCUUGAACUAACAAAUUCGUGAACUAGAAUAAGAAAAACUUGCCAUAAACACCCCCGCCGCCUUCCAUGAGACCCUGAGAACGAGGUUGCCAUAGAUUGUUUAGACUGUCGCGCAAGGGAAAAAAUAAAUCAAAAACCAUUCGAUGGAUGAAGUCAAGAAAAUGCGAUCUUAUAACAGAUAAAUAAAGGAAAAAACUUCUACAAGUUUUAGGUCUGUGCGUUAUCCCAAAAUUUAGAUAUUUGUCUAUAGGUUUCACCCAAAUUUAAAGCUCAGUGUGGAGCCGCCAUGUUGGCGAAGCUCUGUAGUACACCAAUAUGGCGGCCGGAAAAUAGUGUAACCAUCUGAAACUUAUUUUGGUUAUCUAGGCCACUGACCAUAUUUACUGCAAAAACGUACAUUAACAUAAAAACUUUUCCUAAUACGUUUACUUCACAAAGAGCUAAAAAUCACGAAUUAAGUAGAUAUAUAUCGACAAACGCGAUCGUAGCUCUAUGUCACGCACCGCCAUAAACCUGAAGUUCAAAAUGCACUGGUUUCGAAACGAAGGACGUUAUUGAGCUGAAACCUUGUCAACAAUAUACGUUUUGUACCUCUUAUGCCUGAUGAGGAUAGAGACUCUGGUGACUGUUUAGUUUUGAAUCUCAGAACUUUUUGACGUCUCGUCAAAACCAUCUACACUAAGCUUUCGAUACUUAUUUUUAUAGGCUUAAAUAGUGGAUCCCUUAAUUCUCGACUUACUCAUGGACUUCCAUUGAAGAAAUCGGCGCUGAGCUGGGAAAGAAAUGUGUGCAUCUUCUUAUUUGGUUGUCUUGACUGUCUUGACUGAAAUGUGAGGCGGGUUGUUUGCGGUGAUGUCCCUAACAAAUGAACUCCACUGGAUUUCAUUUUCUUUAUAUGCAAAGAUAUAGCAAUGAUUCACUACUGAUACAAAUCGCGAGAAAUCGGAGUUUACGUUAAAACAAAAAAGAAAAGAACAAAAAGGACAUUAAAAAAAAAAAAAUUAAAGAAAGAAGGAAAAAAAUUGUAAAAAAAGAGACCCGGCUCCGACCCCGAGUCCGCGUUUUACUAACACCCUUAAGAGAGUGCAAACCAGCUGGAAAACAAUUCGAAUUUACACACGCCGAACCCAACUGACAGUGUGGAGUUUUGUCGGUGGGACAAUCAAUAUUAUCAUUAGCUCACCACCAAGUACAACCCAAGGAAAACCCAGUUCCCGUCUUUUAGGCUAGGUUUAGGUUAAUCUCUUUAGCUGGCCAUAGGUUUCCCGGUCAGCACAAAAUCAGCUAGGGAAUGGAUAUUUCAAAGAACAGAUUCGUUGAAUGCCCCUGAAGUGUGUCCGCAAAGUUGUUGAAACACAGCUGAAAAUACUAAUAAAAUUUGAAGAAUUCGGAAAAGCUGUGGUAGCAUGAAUCGUAGGCGUGUUGUGUUUCCACAACUGUUUUGGAGAAAAAUCUUUUGACAAUGCUUAUUGUAGCAAGCAGGACGAGAGCAACUGGGACGAACUAAAAAGACGAGAGUAACUGGGACUAGCCCAAGUGAUUAUUAUGGGAUUAAGCAGAAGGAUCCCACGAGGAAAAACAAGAUAGUAAGAAACGAAAGUCGAGGAGAAACGUUUUGUUAACGUAGUUAAGUAGUUGUUUUCGCGUGAUUAAAGUAGUGUGCAACAUUAUUACUAUGUUGGAUUACUAAGUUACUAAGGCGUGGGAGACAUAAUAUUUCCUGAUAACUCAAUAGGAAGAAUUGCAUCGAAACUCUCGAAUACUUCUUCUACUUUGUUUUGAAUUUGAAAGCUACAGAGUGUAGUAAACUUUAAAAGAAUAUUCUUUAGUGAUUACUUCUGGGAGCUGUCUGUUUGUCUACCUUGCUCAAACCACUCGAUCUGUCAAUGGAAACGACAUUAUUUUUCCGCUUUCAUAUUUGCGUUUUAUUAAAUAUAGACACAAGGUGUGAUUUCAAACAGAACAUGGUGCUUUGUUCAUUGGGACAAAUAUUAGUGUAACAAGUUUCCUCAGGUGGAAAUAGCAAUAUCUACCGACGCAUUCAUUUGUUCAUGUUUGUAUUUCUAAGUUCCGUUAUGUUGACAUGCAUGGUACAGAAAUGUUUAAAUAGCGUAUGGGGCAGCGCAGUAUUUCACCGUGCUUCUUUGGAAACAAAGUGACCAUGGCCUUCAAACUGAUCUUCGUCUUCGCAGUUAUCGCGGUUUUUGCUGUUGAUGCCCUGGACCUGAAACCGUGUGGGAGGAAUAAACUAAAGGCCAGAAAAUUGAGAAUGCAAGGACGUACUCUCAUGGGCGAAUAUUACGUCUCAGCGGGGUACUUAAAUCCGGACAGAUAUGAACUCACUCCCGGCAAUGGACGAAAAGUUAAGGGCAGAAUUUCCGGAUGUGGUGGACUAAGGAAAUGGGUGGGAGGCAACGUCAAUUGCAAACGAGGAGGAUGGCGCCGGUUCACACUUAAAACGUUCAAAGAUGAUGACUUCAUGUUGAAGAUAUUUAAAGGUGGAACACUCCUUGCAUGCUUUAAAAACGACUGAGGAUAAGAAGUAUUCUUGAAACGAGAGAAAUAUAAUAAAGUCAUGAAUGCAUGAAAAAGAA